CAGCCAUACCCGCCAUGGGGUCUCACCAUGAAUUCGCACUCCCCUCUCUCGACCUCCUCUCACUUCCUCAACGCCUCCUCUCGAAUCCUCGCCUUCUUGCUGAGAUAGUGCUGGCCGGAUUCCUGCUGGUACAUCUUGUUCCAUACUUCGUCGACACGAAGAAGAUUCGCCAUUACCCUGGCCCUUUCCUUGCCAAAUUCUCAGACGCUUGGUUGGGCUGGGUGAGCAAGAAUGGCCAUCGCUCAGAGGUUGUGCACGAGAUGCACAAGAAGUAUGGACCUAUCGUGCGCAUAGCGCCCAAUCAUGUGUCGAUCGCAGACCCCGAGGCCCUGGGCAUCAUCUACGCUCACGGCAACGGCGCUCUGAAAUCCGAAUUCUAUGACGCCUUCGUCUCUAUCCGACGUGGCGUUUUCAACACUCGAGAUCGCACAGACCAUACUCGCAAGCGGAAGAUUAUCUCUCAUAUCUUUUCGCAGAAAAGCGUCGUCGAGUUCGAACCCCAAAUCCGACUCUACGUUAGCACCUUGAUUAGACAGUGGGACCGGCUCUACGACAUGGCUCUCAAAGGGAUGUCUGGCGAAGAGGGCGAAGGUUGGCGGGGCGAGGGUGACAGGCUCUGGCUUGACUGCUUACCCUGGGCGAACUAUCUUGCUUUCGACAUCGUCGGUGAUCUCGCCUUUGGUGCCCCAUUUGGUAUGCUGGAGGCAGCUAGAGAUUCCGCUCUUGUCCCAAAAAAACCAGACCAUGUCAUGGAAUCUUACGGCAAAGAGCUCUCCAGCGAAGACGUGAUUUCGAUCCCAGCCGUCCAGAUUCUCAAUGGUCGAGGUGAAUACUCCAUGUCGAUGGGUGUUCUUCCCGCAUGGUGGCGACCCUUCGUGCGGCGUCUCCCUUGGUAUUCGCGCGGGCAGAAGGACGUCCAAACACUGGCAGGGAUUGCAAUCAUGGCAGUUGCAAAGCGUCUCGCCACUCCCACGGACCGUGUCGACCUCUUGAGCAAGCUGCAACAAGGCCGCGAUAACGAAGGCAAGCCCAUGGGAAAGGAGGAGCUAACGGCAGAAGCGUUAACCUUACUUAUCGCUGGUUCUGAUACGACGUCCAACUCAACCUGCGCCAUCUUGUACUACCUCGCUCGCAAUAGAGAAGCUCAGGAUAAACUGCACCAGGAAUUGGACGAACAGCUCGGUGCGGAAACAGAACCAGUUAUAACAGGCCUUCAAGUCAAGCAACUUCCCUACCUCGAUGCAUGCAUCUACGAAGGCCUUCGAUUGCAUUCGACAUCCGCUUUGGGUCUCCCCCGUGUGGUUCCUGAAGGAGGGUUGACUAUUCGGGGCCAACACUUCCCAGAAGGCACCGUCCUCAGCGUUCCCAGUUAUACCAUCCAUCGCGACCCUGACAUUUGGGGUGAAGAUUUUGAAGACUACCGCCCUGAACGUUGGCUCGAGCGCGAUUCGACGAUGAUGCACAAGACAUUUAACCCAUUUUCGGUUGGACCGAGAGCUUGCGUUGGCCGCAAUCUUGCUUUCUUGGAGCUUCAGAUUAUUAUUGGCUCGAUUAUGCGACGCUACGAUUUGGUAUUGGAAGAUCCGGACCAGCCGCUGGAGACUAGGGAAGGGUUCUUGCGGAAGCCGUUAGGCUGCAACGUUGGCAUCAAGCGACGCGACGUACUGCUCUGAUUCUUUGGUAUCUUGUACAUUGGCCAACCCCCUCUUUCAUGACAACUACAGUACUAACAGUUCUUGGCCCCUUAUGUU